UGAGUCGAACCCGCAGAUGAUGAUUUGACGGAGUCGAAGACAAACUGAUGGGAAACGAACGUCCUGAUUCAGCGGGUUAAUCUCCUCCGAGGACUGAAACCCAUGAAUCUUUGAUUUGAUAUCACGAACCAUGAGGGGAGACGCUGUGGAGAACGUCGCAGCUGAGACAGAAGGAGCAUCUGCGGAAACACAACCUAGAGUCGUGACGUUACGACAGAUGCUGAAAAAAGCUUCUCAGAACUCGUUCCCUCAGCAGUACACGACUCUUGUUUCAUCGCCCUCGGAUUCCAGUGGGUCGUCUGUGAACGAGCCUCAGAAGGACGAUGAGCCGGCUGAUGUCUCAGCUGCUGCUUCAGAUGGGACGGACGAUAACCAACACUCGGGACAGAAUGGAGUCCAUGUGGAUCCGGCCAGAAUGAACCCGUUUUAUGCUUAUUACUUGGAGUCGGGCAGCAAAGGUCACGUAACGGAGAACGUGGAGAGGGAAGCUUCCGAGGGAGCGAACCUGUACAACAUCUUCGUCCCUCCACCUGAAUUUCAGAGCUCACCUCUGGAUCUUCAGCCCGAGAUUCACGGAGAGGAACCUGAGAACGACCUGUUCCCGCCCUUCGUUCCCAGCCACGUAGAAAACCUGCUGCACACAGCGACAGCGACCCGAAAGGAAUCUGCCGAUGGUCCUCAUCACGAGGAAACCUUAAUCUCACCGGACUUAUUCAACGUGAACCCGCAAACCGAGAACAUCUCCAGAGCCUCGCACUCCGAGGGGGGGGGCUUUCUCCAGGCUGCUGAAGGAGCAGCUCCAGCUGAGGAGCUGAACCUCUUUGUGGAUCCUUUCAAAUCACCUCCACACAAGGUGGAUGAUCUGCUCCAGUCUUCACAGCCCAAAGUGGGGAAUCCGUUUUAUACUGGUUCCACAGAUGAGGCAGAUUUGUUUCCUACUAAAAGUGGGGAACUUUUCCAUAUGAGCCACAAACAAGAUCCCUCCACCGGAGACUUUGACCUUUUUAACACGUCAUACAAGGAAAAUCUGGAUGUGUUUUCAUCUCCAUCUACAAACACCUUUGACCCGUUCUCAAGCCCGGUUGAAAGGAAUUUAUUCCAAGAUGUCUCCGGUCUGGACGACCCAUUCGGAGCAACUCCUUCAAAACAAGGUGACCCUUUCCAAGAGGUUUCAAAUGGGACUCCAGACCUCUUCAGUCCACUUCCCUCCAACAGCAGCACCGGAUUCUCUCCACCGUCGCUCAACAGUACGUCAGAAACGAAGCGGGACAUGCUGUCGUCUCCAGAUCUCUUCAGGGCAACGCCAUCAGACUCUCUUCCAGCCAUCCAACCAAAUUCCUCGAGCAGGUCACAUGACCUCGUCCUGACAACGCCUCAGGGAACCAAGCAUUCUAUUCUUCAUCCGACUCCCUUCAGUCAGGCCAGAGGUCUGUCUCCCGCUGAGAUGACUCAUCUUCAGUCCUUCAAACGUCCACCGAAGCCACUUCCCCGAAGUCGACCGCAGAGGAAAGAGAAGCCACAGAUCCCAGAGCUACCACCAAAACCACAAGUGCCACCCCCCACUUUAAAGCCUGUUGAACCUGAACCCGCUGCUCCUAAAACACCUCCUAAACCAGCUUUCAGGCCGCUGCCUGUUGUUCGCCGCAAACCCAAAACUCCAGAAAGUCAACCAGUGAACUCUGAGAACUACGUCGUCUUGGAGGACAUCCUGCUCAUUGGACAGGAAAUGUGUGUGGAAGACUGGCCUGAGGACAGUCCGCAACUUAACCCUGAAUUCAGACCAUCUGGAAGGUUAAGACUGCGGCGAGAGUCCCUGAAGGUGAAGAUGGACUAUGACGGAGGAAGUGGCGAGGACCAGGACGCUUCUGGAAAUCAGAGCAAGAAAAGGGACAAGAAGUUCAGAAUGUCCCUUCUGUCCAGAAGAGGCACAAAGGAUAAGUUUCCUGACCACACGAAAGAGGGGAGGAGCCAGACACUCACUGCCCCCCAGAGGUCAUCCAAGGAAUAUUUCUCAGAAGAGCAGCUGGCUGCAGCGGAGAACGAAGAUGAACUGAAUGGGCUGGACUACAGAAAGAAACCUCUGAAGAACAAAGUGACUCAGCUGCUGAGAAGAGCUUCCACCAUGUCUGCAGUGCGGGGGGGAAAGAGCGCAAGCGAAUAUUCACCUAAUGAAACAAAGGCGACGGUGUUGGGCGACAGUGAAGCUGAGGACGGAGCAGAAGCUCAACAUGACGAGAAGAAAAAAAACAAGAUGAAAAUGAAGUUUGUGCCACAAAGAGGAUUCGCCACCACGGUGCCGAAGACGGAUGAUGAAGUGAAAGGUGCGACUGGAUACACUCCACAGAAAGGAUCAAAGGGUCGUGCGUUUGAGGACGGAGAAGAGAUCAAAGGCUUCAGUCUUCAGUCAACAAGCAAGGAAACAGAUGAAGAUUUCUAUGGAUAUGACGACUUCAAACCUAAGAAACCAGCAAAGAUGAGAUUCCCGCACAAGAGUCAUCGAGGCUCGAAGGAGAACGUGCUGGAUGAGGCCACUUCUCAGAGAAAGAAGAGCAGCUUGUCGGCCGAGGAGUUGGAUGCGGAUGAACUCUACGGGAUGGAAUACUCCAAACAGAACAAAUCCAAACAUAAAGGUUUGAAGACCCUUCAACCCAAAGCUAAGACGAGCUACGAUACAGCCAGACAGAGUGAGACGAUGGCACGGAGCUACCACACGCCGCAGCAGGCAUCGCAUGGAAGUUUCAUGGGCGACAGGAACUUCCAGGAAACAGAUGAAGAUUUCUAUGGAUAUGACGACUUCAAACCUAAGAAACCAGCAAAGAUGAGAUUCCCGCACAAGAGUCAUCGAGGCUCGAAGGAGAACGUGCUGGAUGAGGCCACUUCUCAGAGAAAGAAGAGCAGCUUGUCGGCCGAGGAGUUGGAUGCGGAUGAACUCUACGGGAUGGAAUACUCCAAACAGAACAAAUCCAAACAUAAAGGUUUGAAGACCCUUCAACCCAAAGCUAAGACGAGCUACGAUACAGCCAGACAGAGUGAGACGAUGGCACGGAGCUACCACACGCCGCAGCAGGCAUCGCAUGACGACUUUGCAGAGGACGAAUUCACAGGGAAUCUUUCCACGAGUAAAGGAGAGAUGUAUUACAGUGAACAAUAUUUAGACGACACCUCCAAACCGAAGAAGACACUGAAACUCAAAGGCUUCAAAAAGCACAAGGCCAAGAGCAAAGACAGGCCUCCAGAGUGGGAGGAUCCACCUGGAUUUACGUCGGGUGACUUCAUGUCAGAGGCUGCAAUGGCCGAGUGGAUGGCUGCUCAGCAGGAUGAACGAGCUAUGGCAGGUUUUCAGGAUGAAUGCGAGGACGGGGACACGGACAGUUUGAUGGAGUGGUGGAACACUGUGGAGCAGUGGGACGAGUUGCCAUCGGACGACGAGAACCGAGUCGUACAUGAGGACGAGUCCAGGUCUUUCAGCGCCUUGGCGGACAAGGUCCACCGCGGCCUGCGAGUCUUCAACAAGGUCUUCACGGAGCGAGCCGAGGUCCUCUGGCAGUCCAUCAUCCUGCUCCACGCCAUCACUGACGACAUCAGCGACUUCCACAAGAAAGCCAAGGUCGCCGGCAUCACCACCACCGCUGUGGGAGGGGUGGCGGCCAUCGCGGGUCUGGCUCUGGCGCCCUUCACCUUCGGCGCCUCUCUGGUGAUUACAGCUGUCGGCGUCGGGGUGGCGACGGCCGGAGGAAUCGCUUCAGCCUCGGUAGCCAUGUCUGAUAACUCCAACAACAUGCACGACAGGAAGAAGGUGGAGAUAGCGCUGAAGGAGUACGAAGGUCACCUGCUGGACCUGGGGAAGAUCCUCCACUUUAUCGAUAAGGGCUUGUACAAGCUCCGCGGCCACCCUUUCCUCAGGUCGGGCACCCAGCACUACUCGGAGAACUGGGAGACUCGCAGGGCCGUCCAGAUCAUCAGCUUGGUCGACUCGCCCGUGAUGCGAGCGACGGAGAUCACGGACGGGGCCAUAGCGUCGGUGCAGGGCCUCUUCAGAGGGAUGGACAAGUUCUUCGUCAAAGACUCGCGGGAGCUGAAGAAAGGCUGCAGGAGAAAGGUGGUGGCUCAGAUCAAGGAUGUGGCAAAUGUGCUGAAUACGACGGUGGUGGAGCUCAACACCAUCAGAGAAGAGCUGCAGGAUGCAACAGGAAACGUGUGAGACUCAAGGUGGACACUUUGAGCGUAGAUAGCUCUGUAAGAUCAACAGCGCCCUCUGCUGGCUAAGUGAAUGGUCCCACGUAGAAUUACAUUAAUGUCAGACUCUGGACUUUGUCAGAAAUGAGGGUAAAAUCCAGUCCGAGUCAAUAAUGUGAAGAUUUUAAUAAUAAAGAGAGGUAUUGAUUCAGCUUUGGAUUCAUAUGUUUUCAGUUCACUGGUGAAAAUAACAGGGAACCCUUGAUUAGUUUGUAUCAUGUGAUUUAAAGGGUGUGUGUGUAUAUGAGGUGUUUCAGAUUAUAACACUGUGGUCACAGAUUUUUAAAUGAUUUGUCACCUUAUGCAUGAGCAGCACAAAUAAUAACAAAAUGUAUAUAAACUCACAAAGAUUGAAUUUCUCGGAGGGCGACUGCAUUGAGUUGUAAUGUCGGUGGUUUUUAUUAUUUUUGUUGAAUCUACAUAUUGGAUAUCGGUGUAAUGAACUGCAGGUUUGAGACUUGGAAAAUAUUAAACUGAUUUUUAAAAACUGAUA